GGCGCGCGAGAGAACUGGUUUCCCUUUGCUUCCGCGGCGAGGCCGGAAGUAGAAGCGGCGGUGGUGGCGGAGGCCCAAAGCGGAGGGAAGUGGGGAGUCGGAGAGACUCAGCCGGAGUCUUAGCGGCGGAGACCCCUGUGCGGUCCGGAGGGGGCGGCGGCCCCGACUCUGACCCGCGCCGGGGGGUGGGCCAUGGCGGAAAUCAGCGACCUGGACCGGCAGAUCGAGCAGCUGCGGCGCUGCGAGCUUAUCAAAGAGAGCGAAGUCAAGGCUCUGUGUGCUAAGGCCAGAGAGAUCUUGGUAGAAGAGAGCAACGUGCAGAGGGUGGACUCGCCAGUCACAGUAUGCGGUGACAUCCAUGGACAAUUCUAUGACCUCAAGGAGCUGUUCAGAGUAGGUGGCGAUGUCCCUGAGACCAACUACCUCUUCAUGGGAGACUUUGUGGACCGUGGUUUCUACAGUGUUGAAACCUUCCUCCUCCUGCUGGCUCUUAAGGUUCGAUAUCCUGACCGAAUCACUUUGAUCCGGGGCAAUCAUGAGAGUCGCCAGAUUACCCAGGUCUAUGGAUUCUAUGAUGAGUGCUUACGGAAAUACGGUUCGGUGACUGUAUGGCGCUACUGUACUGAGAUCUUUGACUACCUCAGCCUGUCUGCCAUCAUUGAUGGCAAGAUCUUCUGUGUGCAUGGAGGUCUUUCCCCUUCCAUCCAGACCUUGGACCAGAUCCGGACAAUUGACCGAAAGCAAGAGGUACCCCAUGAUGGACCCAUGUGUGACCUCCUGUGGUCUGACCCUGAAGACACAACAGGCUGGGGAGUGAGCCCCCGUGGGGCAGGCUACCUGUUUGGCAGUGACGUGGUCGCCCAGUUCAAUGCAGCCAAUGACAUUGAUAUGAUCUGCCGUGCCCACCAAUUGGUGAUGGAAGGUUACAAGUGGCACUUCAAUGAGACCGUGCUUACUGUGUGGUCAGCGCCUAAUUACUGCUACCGCUGUGGCAAUGUGGCAGCCAUCUUAGAACUGGAUGAGCACCUCCAGAAAGAUUUCAUCAUCUUCGAGGCUGCACCCCAAGAGACACGUGGUAUCCCCUCCAAAAAGCCAGUGGCCGACUAUUUCCUGUGACUCCUUGGCCCCAGCCCCUCUGGCCCUUGGACCACUGUGACUGCCCUCUGCCCAGACGGAGGCUGGGUAUGAGGGGCUGCCUGGCUUUGCUUGCCCCAGGGUGCGGACUUGCUCUGGAGAGGUUGGAGCCUUAGCUCCUGGCUUCCUCUCCUUUCUCCCACUUGAUCCAUGAAGUUUCCAGUCAUUUUUUGUUUUUCUUUUUUCCUUUUUCUUUUUUCUUUUAUUUCUCUCUUUUUUUUUUGUUUUGUUUUUAGAUAAAACAUUUUGAGAAAAAAAGAAAAAAAUUCUAAUAAAAGAAGAAAAAUA